GCGGCAGCUCGAGGUUUGUGUAGCACACGUGCGGAAGAAACCGGAUAAAACGCGUGGAGCAGAGCUGCGAAAUGACUGACUGAGAAGCAGCAGGGGAACAUAACAUAUAAACAUAUUCUCCCCUUUUGUGUAAGACUCCGAUAGCUGGAGGAGGACACAGAGAGCCGCAUCACCAGGAAAUAUCUUCGAAAUGGAUCUUCAUGAUAAAGAAAUUAUUCCCGGAGAGAUUUUUCCUGUGGUGAUCAUCGGUAAUGGCCCAUCGGGGAUCUGUCUGUCAUACCUGUUGUCAGGUUACACCCCCUACCUGUCACCUGAGGCAUCGCACCCCAACCCCCUGCUGCACAGCAAGCUGGGAGAGCAGCCUCACCUGUCGCUGCUAGAGCAGGAUCUGGAGUUCCUGUGUGAGGGGUUGGAGGGGCGAUCGUCCAAUCCGGUGGCCGUGCUCUUUGAUUCGCUGCUCCUCCCAGACAGUGACUUUGGAUUGGACCACACAUCUCCGUUGGAAUGGCGCUACGAGCCGGAGCGUGCCAUCCCUCACCUGGUGCUGGGCAAGGGUCCGCCUGGAGGAGCCUGGCAUGCUAUGGAGGGCUCCAUGCUAACUCUGAGCCUGGCUAACUGGAUGGAGCUUCCUGGACUCAAACUGAAGGACUGGAUGAGAGAAAAACGCAGAAAUGUACGAAACGACCGGGCCACACCAGCAGAGAUAGCCUCCUACUACCAACACUACGUUUCCCAGAUGUCCCUGGAGCAAAGCUUUGCCUGUGGAACAACCGUCACUUCUGUAACCAGACAGCCAGGCAACCAGGAGGGGUCGCCGCCCUGCUGGAGAGUGACAGGACUGCAGCGCAGAGAGGGGGAAGAGCUGGGAGAUGGUUCUUCAGUUUCGGAGGAGGUGCCUUUCUCGCUGUUGGCACACAAUGUGGUGUUGGCGACGGGGACCCACGACAUCCCGGCCAGGCUCGGCGUGGAGGGUGAGUCCCUGCCCUUCGUCUGCCACUCUUUCUGGGAGCUGGAAGCAGCCAUCUCUCGCGGCGAGCUCGACCAAUCUUCAGACCCGGUGCUGGUGGUGGGGGCAGGGCUUACAGCGGCUGACGCAGUACUGGCCGCCCACCAUCUCAACACGCCCGUCUACCACGCCUUCAGACGCUCAGUCACUGACCCUGACCUCAUCUUUAACCAGCUGCCCAAACUGCUCUACCCAGAGUACCACAAGGUUCACCAGAUGAUGACUCAGCAGCAGUACCAGCCGAGCCCUCAAACACAGGACCACGUCCAGAACCACCAUGACCACUCCACCCCUCCCUCUCGUGCCUCCCUCUCUCCAUCCUCCUCCAGCACUUCUUCGCCACCCUCCUCUUACCCGGGGUACCUGAGCUUCCCACGCUAUAGGGUCGUGGCAUUCAGACCCGACCAGAAGUGCGUUCUGGAGUCAGACUCUGGCCAGCGUAUGGUAGUCCAAGUCUCCAAGGCACUCGUUCUGAUCGGCGCCCACCCCAACCUUACUUUUCUGAAUGACAAUGGGCGUCCACUUGGCAUCAACCCUGAGGAGCCAAUCACGUGCCGGAGGAACCCAAUUGAGGUUGACCCAUUCACAAACAGCGUGGUUGCGGCAGAUGGGCCGGGCAUGUACGCCAUGGGGCCGCUAGUUGGUGAGAACUUUGUCAGGUUCCUGAAAGGAGGAGCGCUGGCUAUCGCUAGCGACAUCGCCAAGAGACAGAGGCGGGGAGGGGGGGAUUUGACCACAGACAGAUGGUUGGACAGACGAGUGACCACACUGACAGGAGCAGAGGUUUGUGGUCUGGAUUCCUAGUGGGUUUCCUGGGACAGGAAGGUUGAGUCAACUGAAGCAAACCGACCUUCUCUGAUCUGAUCCAAGCCAAAAGCUCAAGACAAAACAGGAACUGCUGCUGAUUAAAACCACGGGGCAUGUUCACAGAGAAGAAAUCAGACACGCUGCUAAGUUGUUUCAGGGUGUGAAACAAGUGGCCUUCACACCUGGACUGGCACCCUGAAGGCUGAAGCAGCUUGAGAAAACCUACAGAAAUACAGACCAGUCAUGUGUAAGUUUGAUAGAUGGAAGGAGGAGAGACAGAUUUGUGUUUGGGUCUUUUAAAAAAACAAAGUUACAAAAUACUUUUACAUGGUUGAACAAGGAUUAAAACAUUUCAGGAGUGCAAUGAGGCAAAUAAUAUCAGAGAUUUAAAUAAUACAAACAUUUAAUAGAACAAAGUACCAAACAAUAAUAUAAGAUAAAAGAAUAAAAUUGAAUAAUAAAAAUAAAAGUUGACAUGUUUACCAUUUGAUUAUUAAAGAAUUGUGAUGAUGAUUAGUGAGUAAGACUUUUUACAGUAAAGAAUUGAUUGCCCUCCAGUGGUCAAAUAAUGGCAGCACUUCAUCAAAAUGACCUCAAACGGAUCAGCCACAUAUUUGGAUUCUCUGUAAAGCAGCUCUUAAACAGUCAAACACCAGAGUUUAUGCCUGACUCCUCUUAUUUACAUCCUGCGGUAGAUUUUUCAUUGGUUCAAAUCAUGUAGUAGCAGUCAUAACCUGUAAAUACAACUCGGUCACAUGACAGUUUUCUAACUUUGUGAGCUGAUGAGGACCGACACAAACAGAGGCGGUGAAGGAGAUCGAAAAGGGUGGAAAAAGAAGGAAUCGAGAGGCGGCGAGGGAGUAAGAUGAAAAUAUGACGCAGCUCUGGUUCGGUUGUUUAUCACUAAGAGAGCCUUGAUCACUACAGUAACUUCAUGGUUAAAGUCUAUCAUACAUGACCUAAAUGAUGCGCGUUGCCCCAGCCUUGCUCUUCUUAACACGUUUCCAUUGCAAUAUGUGUAAUAUGUGGGCAGUCGUCUGUUUGCAACACUACACUGUUACACUUGCUGUUUCCAAAAGCUGGUAAAAAGUUAAUUCCUUCUUUUUGUUUUAUAUAAUUUUUUACGUAUAUGUCUGUAUAUUAUGGGUUUGCUUGUUUUGUGAAUCUAUGGUGCUUUAUUUUCCUAUGUUAAUAUACUUUUUAGUCAUCUAACAGCCAACUCUACCUACCUGAUGUCUUUGUAAAUCUUUGAUUAUGAAAAGAUUUCAUACUUGACAAGAGAAACAUGUAUAAAUAUAUUUUGUAUAAUUCUUCUCACUGAAAAUGUUUAAUUUGCAACUGUAACGUAAAGGAAGCCCGGCUUCACUGUGAACUUCAAUAUGAAUGACAGAUGACCGGCACUGGUAUUUAAGCCCUAUUUGCAUUGGUUUAGUAUUACUAUUAUGUUAUUUCCACAUUAAUAUGGAAACAAGAAAAAUUCUCUUCACAUGAGUAAUAUUGUGAUAUAUAAUGACCAUUGUUAUUAUCAUGGACAACUAAGCAAAUAACAUUUGAGAAGCUGUAAUUGGACAAUUUAUGGCAUGUUUGCAUAAAAAUAUUACUUGAACAACCAAUUGAUCGUCAAAAUUGGUGACUUAACUUUUUGUCAAGCAAAGAGUGAAUUAAUUGGCAGAACGUUUCAGUUCAUCCACAGGCAGAGUUGCAGUUUUUUUUUUUUUUUUUAUCAGUUUGAGUUAAAAUAAAAUUGCCUUUUUAAAACACACUACAUACUUAUUAUUUCAUGUCUGUUUUUAUUUAAGGGUUAAUACACAUCACUCUGAGAUAGAUUUGACAACUAAUGCCUGAAUGCUGAUGGUGAAGUCUACAGGAGCCAGCAGUGUCUUAAGACAAUUCACAGCAAUAGAUUUAGUUUCACAGCAGAAUAAAAAUGGCUCCAUCUUUUUAUGCAGUGGAAAUCUUGUCCAGUCUUUUUUAACGCAACUUGCUUGCAGAUGUUUGUUUGAAUGGGGUGAUUCAUAUCAUCAUAAUAACUUUCCAUCUGUACUGACAGUCAAAUCUUUUCCAUAUUCAUUUGUCAAUGGGUUUCUAUUAAAAGGACUUUUUUCAGAAGA